AUGAGCAUUCGAAGUACCAACGCAUCGAGCAAGACGUGCUUUACCACAGCCUUUCUUCGCGUUCGCCAUGACUCCCGCUCCGAGCAGAGUCCAUUACUACGCCCAGAACAGAACUACCGGCUUGUCCAUGCAAGUGGCAGGCAGCCGCAUGCUCCUCUGACGCAUGGUUCACAAGCAGAUAGCCCGGCACCAGGUCGACCAGAUCCAGAGUGCUUGAGUCCUUGGAAUUCGUUUCCGAGUGUCGUUGCGGCCACCCCACGAGAUCUUCAAGUGCUCGUUAUGGCCCGCGUCCAGCAUGGAGAUGCUCUCGUGCGCCACAUCGUCGGCUUUGCCUACAUAGUCAAGGUGGGAGCUGAUGAAGUUGAAGAGGUAAUGAGUCCUUUCAGUCAGAGGCCAAGCUUCUUAUUCAUCAGAGUCACGUUCCAUCCAUCUCCGCCAAACGGAUAUCUUGCCAAGGUGGCCGCAUCGUGCUUCAGCUCACCAGGAACCGUGUGCGCACAGGCGAAGGUGGAUGGGUGCCAAAGGGUUGGGAAGCUACGUUUCGCCGAUGCCGCAGAGGCGCGACCGAAGCCAACAGGCGCCUGGUCCGCAACCAUGGGUUUCCAUUCCACAACAGGAAUGAUUCGAAGCGGAGCCCAGAUGACGGACGACGAGCGAUGGAUACUGCCGAGCAGUGGCUCGCCUGACUUUGUGAAGCAUCCCAGGGUCGAUGAGCCCAAGCCCACAGGAGCAUCACAUGGCCAGGCAAGGAUCAACGAAGGCGCCAGUGAUCAUCGCGCGUCUCAAAAAAAUACCAAGGAACAAGGUCGUCGUAGAAUGAAGGAACUCCAGGCAACAAAGCCGAUCUCGGUACAUGGAAAAGCGGUGUUGCCCAAGCAGAAGCUUUGCCGUCCCAAACGCUCCAGCAGGAAAAGAAACGAACGUCCUUGGAAUCUUCCCAUUCAUUCGGCACAUAGCUCCAUAUCUGAAGAGCAUGUAUCAAAUGGUCCGCCUGUGGAUGCCGUCAAGAUGAUGGUCGCAGUUCUCGCCAUGUUGGUCAUACUCUGGAUCUUCUCUCAUACCCUGAUCAACGAAGUCAUGUACGCGGCCGACACGCAUUUUCCACGCUCUGAAUUGGGGGCCGCGCUCGUGCAGCGCCACUCCGGCUUGCUCACCAAUACUGUUUGCCAGGUUGAUACCACACGCUGCAAUGAAGCAUGCGCCGCGUGA